AUGCUCCGCUCAUUCCCUCGGAGUCGCAGAUUAUUCUACCUGCUAUUGGCCUGCGCAGUAACUUCGAUAUGCUUUCUCAACAUCCUAUUCCUCGUACACGCUAUCGACAAUUCGGUGAUUCGUCACCCUAGUCUGAGGCUCUUUGCCGCAACAACGAGUCCCGUGUUCGGACAGUAUGCACGCGAUGAGCAUCCUAUUGUGGACCUGAUGAGGGAAGCGAACCGAAACUGGCGGAAAUAUGAUGAUGGUCGCUCGAAAAGUUUCCGCCAAACAGUUGCCAAAUAUCGUGAUACACAUGGACGACACCCACCUCCCGGUUUCAAGGAAUGGUACAUGUUUGCACGCAAAAAUAAGGCACAUAAUGUGGACGACUUCCAGCAGAUCACGGGCGAUCUGCGGCCUUUUUGGGCGGUUCCUCCGGCGGGAAUUCGACAGAUGGCAGCCAAGCUACAAUGCAGCGACGGCAUUGCAGGUGUGCAAAUCCGCAACAAGAACGUUGUUUACUCCCCUGGAGAAGGAUGGAGAGUUGAAACACUGCGAAGUUCGGUCAAACGCAUUGCUCGAUAUCUUCCGGAUAUGGAUAUUGCGCUUAACAUUAUGGAUCAACCGCGAGUUAUGGUUUCAUUUGAGGAGACCCAGGAAUACCUCCGCACCGAAGCCCUCACCAGAAGCUUACCCAGCGAUGCGCGGGAUGGAUUCACCCAGGGCAUGAACUACCUCUAUGAGGAAGAUUCCAACAUCGAGAGUAAUGCUGAUCCAUCCUGGUUCUCGAUUGCUGGAAAACCAUACAUGGACUUCGCCAGGGAGUCCUGUGACCCUCACUCUCCCGCUCGGAAUGACAACAUCACUGUAGAGGAUGCUGAUAAGCUAUACAAAUCGUACUCGGGUGGGUUUGUUACCAACUUCACCGCGUCCUCUGAUCUUUGCACCGUCGGCCCCGUUCUUGGGAAGAACCACGGAUUUUUGUUCUCGGCAUCCAGUAACCUUGUCACAAGGAAACUAAUACCAGUCUUCAGCGAGUGUAAGGUUAGCGUGAACAACGAUAUCCUUUUCCCUGCUAAUAUGUAUUUCAUGAACGACAAACGUUACACGUACAAUUCGCGACAUGACUACGAGUGGAGAGAUAAGGCGGACACUCUCCUCUGGCGCGGCGUCACCUCCGGGGGUGUCCAACUUGCAGACAAUUGGCAGCAUAUGCACCGCCAACGCUUUGUGCACAUUACCAACCACACUGAUGUAAGAUCAGAGACGGUCUCAAUCCUCUCUGAGAGCAGCAUGGGGCAUUAUCGCACCUACCCCAACUUCUAUCCAAGCAAGUUUUCAUUGGACCACUUCGAUGUCGGUUUCACUGAAGCGUGGGGCUGCAUUCCGGAUUGCUCUUUCUACGACGAUGUUUGGACAUACAAAGAACCCCAGGAUUUUAGCGAGCAGUUCAAGGCAAAAUACCUCGUCGACAUUGACGGUCACAGCUUCUCCGGUCGGUGGCGCGCCUUUCAGCUCAGCAAAUCCCUAGGGAUCAAAGCAACCAUUUUCCGGGAAUGGCAUGACUCCCGGCUCUUUCCCUGGCGUCACUUUAUUCCCAUGGAUAAUCGAUAUGAUGACCUGUACGGAUUAAUGACCUACUUCCUAGGUCUGGAUCCACAAGCAUCCCCCGUGGAUGCGUUGACAAGUAGCGAGCCGUACAUUAAGAAGCAUGACUUUGAGGCUGAGGUGAUCGCAUCUCAGAGUCGUAAAUGGGCGCAGCAUGCGCUGCGCGAUGAAGAUCUUGACAUCUAUCUUUAUCUUCUUCUCCUCGAGUAUGGACGCAUCAUUGAUGACAAUCGCGAUAGCAUUGGGUACAGUGGCGACGGAAGUGAGCUAGACCACUUUGACGAUCGAUUUCCUUUUUCUCCGGCGAUACCGAGUAUCGUCAACCCUCCUCCCCCAAACACUGAUGAGCAAUGA